AUGCCUGUGCUUCGGCAUGUCAGGCAAGCCGCGGCCUUCAUUGCCGUGACCGUGCAGCGUGCCUGCCACAACUCCUUCAUUGAGUGGGCAAAAGGUGGCGAGGCCCAUGCAAAGUAUACGGUGUCCAGCGUCAUCUUUGUUGCCCAGAUUGUGUGCGUUGCGAUCGGUUGGAUGCUGGCUCACAGCACAGGGGGCCAGGCCGAUUUGAAGAAGUGCUUUGACAAAGGCAACCUGUCCAAGUUCGCCCACAUCGGACUCAUCUAUGCUUUGGGCGACAUCUUCGAGAUGGAGUCCGUGAACUACAUCGACUCCUCCACAUACACGGUUCUUUCCCAGUCCAAGCUCAUCAUCACGGCAACCUUGAUGUGGAUUCUCGAUGGCUCUGCCCAGAGCAUGAUGCAGUGGUUCAUCCUGUUCACGACCUCUUCAGGCAUGCUCGAGUAUGUGUUGGUCGGCAAGGCCAAGGGAGGGGCGAUGGUCUUCAGCGUCUUCGGAGUCUGCCUCGCUAUCGUCAAGGUCUGCAUCAGCUGCUACGUGGCCGUGCUCAACACCAAAGCGCUGAAGAGGGAUAGCAACCCCUUUCCCGUGCAGUUCUCCUGCCUGAAGGUCUCCUGGGCCUUUGCAAGCUUGGUCUACAUGGUUGUGAAGGAUGGCAUCCUUGGAGACGGCAUGUGGGGUGAGUGGACUCACCGCACUGUGGUCCUUGUCUUCUGCGGCUUCAUUCUCAAGACCCUCUUCAACCAGUACUUGCUCAAGGUCUUGGACGCCAUCUGGAAGAACAUCAGCGAGGCGAUCGGUGUCAUCUUGGUGUACUUCGGACGCGUGAUUUUCCUUGGAGGAAAGUAUGACCCUACCGUUUUCAACGCUGGCGUUACCGUGGUCUUGGCUUGCAUCGCUUACGUGCUCUCCAAGGAAAGCAAGGCAAAGAAGAGCGAUGUGGGUGAUGAGCUCAAUCCCGAGAUGUACCCUGACCUCACGAC